GCAGGGCCGCUUUGCUGGGCUCCGGCGGAGAACUUGAGGGCGCCAUGGAGCGGGCGCGGGCCACGGCCGCCCAAGAAGAGCGGCAGAAGAAGCUUCAGGAGUAUUUAGCAAUCAAAGGAAAGCUGAAAUGUCCAAAUACAAAACCCUAUUUAAAGGACCGGACCAAUCAGCCAAAUCCACAGUUACCACGACUUUCUAAAUCAGGGCCUGUUGUCCAGCCCCAGAAGGAUGUUCUCUCAAAAGUGUCCAAAUGCAUACCGAAGGAUCACGCACCUGCUGUCAAAAACACAAGAAGUGCACGUCGUGCUCUUCAGCAUAGGUCCUCAAAUGCCCCUGGGUCCCAGAGGCCAAAGAGUAUACCUCCCAACCUUCUGGGAAAGAGGACAGGGCCACCUGCCAACCUUCUACCAAACAAAAGCCAUUGUGUGCAACUGAACAGAAUGGCAUCAUCAUCUACCUGUCAUCAGUUAAAUCAAAUACAAGAGACUGUGAAAUCUGAAAAUCCGGGGUCAGUCACAGAUCAAAGGGCUGUAAUGUUGACCCAGACUGGAAAUGAUCCCCAGUGUGGGGAGCACCACUCAGUAACUGAGAAUUUGCAAGAAAUGGUAGACUGUGAUAAAGUAAAUCUUCAUAGUAAAACCGUUCUAGAAUCUUCUGAGAACAGGACAGAGUCUGGACUGGACAUCAAAGUACAAUCUAGGACUGGUUUAAAUAAGCCAGAGAGCAAAAGAGGUUUGGUUCACAGGCAUUCCUUGGGCACAGCUCCAAGGAACAAUGUGGGUCUGAAAGACAGAGUUACUGCCUGUCAGACCAGUAAGGAACUAAUUUGGAAUAAACUAGCAAAAUCUCCACCUGGCUGUAAAGUCAUGUGUCCUCAAAAACACAGCAGCAAAGCCCGGGGGUCAGUGCCUCCUUCCCAGAUAUUUACUGUUUCUAGUACUCGGCUAUCCAAGAAAUCAGGUGCAGAAAAACAGUGUCUACAUCCCAGUGUUAUGAGGCAAAACACAGUGAAAUUACAGGCAGUUGGAAUGCUUGGUCUUGCAAGACAGCCCACACAAAAGCAAUAUGUGAAGCACUCAAGAACAUGUAAAACUCCUGGCGCUCUGGAAGUUGGAAGGUCCAAACAACAGGUUAGAGCUGGACAAGAUCUGAAACUGACAAGGUCUCCCAUAAAUUCUCAUGUCUCCAAGAGGCCCUCUGUGAUGGAACUGAAAGCAAAAUCAAAACCCAUGUCAGAGAGACCCAAUUCAAAAACAAGUGGCACAGCCAACUGGCAAAUGAAUGCAACAAAAGGGAAGCAGGGCAUUAAAGACUUGAAGAAAGCUUCUCAGACUUGUGAUACAAAAUCCAAAAGCACUCUCCCCAGAAACUGUACUGCAAGCACAUGCAUGUCCAGAGACCAAGCCAGUGUUGGCAUGCUUAGGAAUAUGAGAGAAACACCCAAGCGAGAGCUGUUAAGAGUAAAAGAGAUUCUGGGUAAUCAGGAUCCCAAGACCUCAGCUGCUGAGAAUCGCAAGAAGCAACUGGAGCAGUGGUUGGCAUCCAAAGGGAAAUUGUAUAAACGUCCACCCAUGACACUGCCUGCUAAAAAGCCAACCAAGGAGAUGAUGAACCUGUCCUUCUGGAAUGGCAUGGAGAAGGAGGAGAAGAGAAAGCAGCUCUGCGUGACGGACAAGAUCAAUGGCAUGUUGGCAGAGUGUCUGGAACUUGCUGAGAAGGGUUUUCCUUCAGAGGAGCUCUUCUCCACACUGUCCAGUAUCCCAGAGGCAGAGAAGUUUGCCAAGUUCUGGAUCUGCAAGGCAAAGCUGCUGGCUCGUAAUGGCACCAUUGACAUGACUGGGUUGUAUGAAGCAGCGGUUUGUGCUGGUGCUGCGCCAAUCCAGGAGCUGAGAGAAGUUGUUGUUGAGUUUUUGAAAAAUACAGACAACGUAUACCAAGGGGUCUCUGCACACCCUUCUGCUGAAGUCAGCUCUCAUAUAGUGGAGGAUGCAGCUGAACAGACGGUGCUUCAGGGUCCCAGAACUCCUUGCCCUGGCAUGAGAGAGCAGGUUGUGGCAACUCCACAGUCCAGUUUAAGGUUCUUGACUAGCAAGCCAGUCUCCUUGGUCAAGUUACAAGUUGUCCCCGUGCCCAGAAUGAAGGGACUGUCUGAUAUGCAAGACUUGAAAUUCUUAACCCCAGUGCGGCGUUCUCUGCGGAUAGAGCAUGCCAUAUCCCGUUACCCAGAGAUGCUGAAGGAACAUGACACCGUAGUGUCUUCCCUUGAUGAAAUAAUGGCCAUGGAGGAUGUGAGCCAGAUUGUGUUUCGUAAAAAUGAGGCCUUGCUGGAAGAGGAGGAGCUGGAGCUUUAGGCUGGUGGUGUUCACAAGCUUCAUGGCCUUCUGUUAUGGUUUCCUCUGCCCGGGGUGAAAGUAACUUAAAGGACUUACCGGUACUCCAGAGUCCUGUGGAGGGGGACACCCCCCUGCACCCCAAUCAACACUGACAGCAUCCCCCCACCCCAUUGACACUGACCCCGUGCCCCCCACCAGCUGACAGGAUGCCCCAGGAUAAUCAGCGAGGGCACGCAGGGCUGCACUUAUUUAUACGCUACAAUACAGGGCAUUCACUGGCCACUUUCCCACCAAAGGACCCCACCCCCCGGAAUCCUACUUGCAUCUGGUCUGAUUCUCGACCUGCUCCCUGCCCCAUGGGGGACCAGCACUUCUGCCCCCAUCCAGAGAUCUAGCCCCAUGGCUAGCCGGGCUCAGACAGGCCCCUGAGAUGAUGCUCCCCGGCUGGGCCUUUUGUCCCGAGCUGCACUACCCAAACCUCGGGAGUUUUCCAGAUAAACCCAGCGCAACCUGAGUCCCUCAGUAUGAGGCUUCCUCCCUUUCCAAGAAGGGGACGACCUUCCCCCUGCCCUUCCUGGAAUGUCUCCC